AUGUCAGACUUCCCCUCCACCGAGAACGGGAAGAUCUCGUUCAAGAACCGCGUCGUCGUCGUCACCGGUGCCGGUAACGGUCUUGGUCGAGCAUACGCACUCUUCUUCGCUUCGCGCGGUGCCAAGGUCCUCAUCAACGAUCUCGGCCCCUCUGCCAAGGACAAGAACAAGAAGGCUGCCGAUGUCGUCGUCGAGGAGAUCCAGCAGGCCGGUGGCGAGGCCAUCGCCAACUACGACUCGAACACCGACGGCGAGAAGGUCAUCCAGCAGGCCAUCGACAAGUGGGGCCGCAUCGACAUCCUCAUCAACAACGCCGGUAUCCUGCGUGACAAGUCUUUCAAGGCGAUGAGCGACAAGGAGUGGGACCAGAUCACGGCCGUCCACAUCACCGGCUCGUAUGCCUGCGCCAAGGCCGCAUGGCCCCAUAUGCGCAAGCAGAAGUUCGGCCGCAUCAUCAACACCUCCUCGGCUGCCGGUAUCUACGGCAACUUUGGCCAGGCCAACUACGCCGCCGCCAAGCACGCCAUGAUCGGUUUCGGCAAGACGCUCGCCAUCGAGGGCGCAAAGUACAACAUCCUCUCCAACGUCCUCGCCCCCGUCGCCGCCAGUCAGCUCACCGCCACGGUCAUGCCCCCCGAGAUGCUCGAGAACCUCACGCCCGACUACGUCGUCCCCAUUGUCGCCUACCUCGUCUCCGCCGAGAACAAGGAGGUUUCGGGCCACGUCUUCGAGUGCGGUGCCGGCUUCUUCGCCCAGGUCCGCCGUGAGCGCAGCCGCGGCGUCGUCUUCAAGACCGACGACUCGUUCACCCCCGCCGCCGUGCGUGCCAAGAUUGACGAGAUCCUCGACUUUGACGAGAAGCCCGAGUACCCCUUCCGCAUCACCGACGCCAACCACAUGGAGUUCCUCGAGCGUGCCAAGGAGGCCAAGUCCAACGACCAGGGCGAAGGCCCCGUCCGUUUCGACGGCAAGACCGUGCUCGUCACCGGUGCCGGUGCCGGUCUCGGCCGUGCCUACGCUCACAUGUUCGGCAAGCUCGGCGCCAACGUGGUGGUCAACGACUUCCUCGAGAAGAACGCCGCCGCUGUCGUCGACGAGAUCAAGAAGGCGGGCGGCAAGGCCGCUCCCGCCGUCGGCUCGGUCGAGGACGGCGAGAAGAUCGUCAAGGCGGCCGUCGACGCCUUUGGCUCGAUCCACGUCAUCAUCAACAAUGCCGGUAUCCUGCGCGACAAGUCGUUCGCCGCCAUGUCGGACCAGGAGUGGCACGCCGUGCUCAACACGCACCUCCGCGGCACCUACAGCGUCUGCCACGCCGCCUGGCCCAUCUUCCAGCAGCAGAAGUACGGCCGUAUCGUCAACACCACCUCGGCCGUCGGCAUCUACGGCAACUUUGGCCAGGCCAACUACUCGACUGCCAAGGCCGGCAUCAUCGGCUUCACCAACACGCUCGGCAUCGAGGGCAAGAAGUACAACAUUCUCGCCAACACGAUUGCCCCCAACGCCGGUACCGCCAUGACCGCCACCAUCUGGCCCCAGGAGAUGGUCGACGCUUUCAAGCCCGACUACGUUGCUCCCAUGGUCGGCUACCUCGCCAGCGAGGCCAACGAGGACCUCACCUCGAGCCUCUUUGAGGUCUCGGGUGGCUGGGUUGCUGCCGUCCGCUGGCAGCGCGCCGGCGGCCACUCGUUCAGCCACGGCAAGCCGCCCUCGCCCGAAAAGAUUGUCAAGAAGUGGUCCAAGAUCACCGACUACGAGACCAACCCCUCGUGGCCCACGAGCCCGAGCGACUCGCUCGGCGACAUUGUCUCGAACUUCGGCCAGGAGGAGGAGGACGAGGAUGAUGACGACGAGGGCGGAGCCGGUGGUGACUACAGCGACCCCGAGGACCCCGAGAUUGUGCAGAAGGCCAAGAAGGAGCCCAUUGAGGACUCGGAGUUCUCGUACGGCGAGCGCGACGUCAUCCUGUACAACCUCGGCGUUGGUGCCACGGAGAAGGACCUCGACCUUGUGUUUGAGCAGGACGACGACUUCCGAGCGGUGCCCACGUUUGGUGUGAUCCCGCAGUUCAUGGCGAGCGGCGGUAUCCCUCUGGACUGGCUGCCCAACUUUAGCCCCAUGAUGCUGCUGCACGGCGAGCAGUAUCUGGCGAUCAAGAAGCCCAUCCCCACGAGCGCGACGCUGGUGAACAAGCCCAAGCUGAUGGAGGUGCUGGACAAGGGCAAGGCUGCGGCGGUGACGUCGGUGGUGCACACGUUCGACAAGGGCAGCGGCGACCUGGUGUUUGAGAGCCAGAGCACCGUCUUCAUCCGAGGCUCGGGUGGCUUUGGCGGCAAGAAGUCGGGCAAGGACCGCGGCGCAGCGUCGGCGGCGAACAAGCCUCCGUCGCGCAAGGCGGACAAGGUGGUGACGGAGAAGACGACGGAUGCGCAGGCUGCGCUGUACCGUCUGUCGGGCGACUACAACCCGCUGCACAUUGACCCCAGCUUUGCGCAGGUGGGUGGCUUUGACAAGCCCAUCCUGCACGGCCUGUGCUCGUUCGGUAUCUCGGGCAAGCACAUCUUCCGCGAGUACGGCGCGUACAAGGACAUCAAGGUGCGCUUCACCGGCCACGUCUUCCCCGGCGAGACGCUCGAGACGAGCAUGUGGAAGGAGGGCAACAAGGUCAUCUUCACCACGCGCGUCGUCGAGCGCGACACCCAGGCUCUCGGUGCUGCCGCCGUCACGCUGGCCGACGAGUAA